AUGACACGUAAAGUUCUCAAAACUAAAUUAUUGAAAAACAAGUCUUCCAACUCAACAGCGAAGGUUUUAAGAAAACUUUUAGAGGAGUUUAUUCCUUACUGCAUCUGGAACGAUAACGGCGGUGAAAACCGCGGUGAAUUCGGCCAGGUUAUGCAGGAAAACGGAAUGGUUUGGAAGCACACCUUGCCGUAUAUGCCAAGACAGAACGGCAAGGUGGAGCGCCUGUGGCCAAGCUUAGAAAAGUUUUUGCCAGACGAGUUGGAUGAUAUUCAACAAAUCAAGGACUCAGUUCAGCAGUUCAUUGAAAAAUUUAACAAUACACCACAUUUAUCUCUCGAUAUUAAUCCAAAAACGAAUAGUAAUUACACUCCUAACGAAUUAUUCGAAGUUUCAAAAUUUUGGUACGAGCCAGAAAUGCAAAAAUGGGAGUUAUAUAUCAAAGACGAAUGGGUCUUAGCAAAAUUUGAAUAA